UGUACCAAGAACAUGGCGGUAGACUCUACGAUGGAGUUGCUGUUUUUGGACACUUUUAAACAUCAAAGUGCUGAGAUCACGAAUGUGGACGUUGUUCGAUUUCCCUGUGGAGUUCUUGUUAAUGAAGUGCGAGUGAUCCCUCCAGGAAUCCGAGCUCACAGUAACCUGCAGGACAGCAGGGUCUAUGGGGAGACAUCGCCACAUGCAUUUCAGCUCGACCUGUUUUUCAACAAUGUCAGCAAGCCAAGUGCCCCUGUCUUUGACAGGUUGGGAAGCCUUGACUAUGAUGAGAACAAAUCCAUUGUUUUCAGACCAAAUGGCAAGGUGAAUACAGAUGGGCUGGUGCUCAAAGGCUGGUAUAACUGCCUUACCCUGGCAGUCUAUGGAAUUGCAGAAAGGAGUCUUGGCCAUGACAGGGACUCUCCCCCGCCUCCGCCUCCCCCACCACCCCCACCUCAGCAGCAGGCUGCUAUAAAGAGGAACCCCAAACAUGAUUGGGAUAAAGAGGAUCAGUACAAUGGAAGCCCCCCCAGACCCCAGCCAAGAGGCCCUAGGACCCCCCCUGGACCUCCACCACCCGACGAUGAUGAGGAGGAAGCUGUCCCUGAGUCCGUGGGCAUAGACAAAGAGGAUGCUGAGGAGGGCCAGGAGGAUUUCUUUGAGCCCAUCUCCCCAGACCGAACCUCGAUACCCCCGGAAGAACCAUACUCAGACAUGGGAGAGCUGGACGAGGAGGAGGCAGCAGAGGGGGAGGUGGAGGAAGAGGACAUGGACGGGGAUGAGGAAGAGGAUGAUGACGAGAGGACUGUGGGCAGCAUCGUAGAGGAGGACGAGGAAGACGAAGAGGAAGAGGAGGAGGAGGAGGGUGAGGAGGAGGAUGAUGAUGAGGAAGGAGAAGGGGAUGAUGGCUACGAGCAGAUUUCUAGUGACGAAGAAGCCAUGCUGGAACAUGAAAGUUAUAAGUUCCCCAGCUUUGAUAUAAACUAUACGCCUGAAGAUUUAGCUUCAGUGCCCACCAUGCAGUACGAUCCUUACGAGAGGGAUAUCAGGCCCAUGCUAUACUUUAAUCCUCCGUACAGGACUAAAUUUGAAAUUGAAGUGAAUAAAAUGAAGGACAGUGAUUUGCAUGAGGAUGCUUCAAGUGCGGCAGAGCCAUCGGCCAAGUUGAUUGAGCUACUUGAACUAUACAGAGAAGAUCGAGGAGCCAAGUGGGUGAUGGCUUUGGAAGAGGUACCGGGCUUGCUUGUUAAGGGCCUGAGCUACCUCCAACUGAAAGACUCCACACACAGUCAUCUUGGACAGCUGGUAGACUGGACUAUGCAUGCCUUAUCUCUCCAGGCAGCCCUCUCGCAGCCCAUUGCACUCAAUGUAAGACAGCUGAAAGCUGGAACCAAGCUUGCUUCCUCUCUGGCUGAAUGUGGGUCCCAAGCCGUUGUGGCCCUUGUGGAGAAUGGCAUUAUAAACAGACUAUUUGAAUUGCUCUUUGCAGAGCAUGUGUCCUCGUCUCUAAAGCUGAACACGCUGAAGUCUUUGGAUAGCCUAAUCAGCAUUUCCGAAGGAAUGGAAGCCUUCUUGAACUGCACUCUGGAAGGACAAGAAAGGAGUGGCUAUCAGAAGCUGGUAGAACUGAUCUUGUUGGACCAGACUGUGCGUGUUGUUACUGCUGGUACUGCUAUUAUUCAGAAGGGUCAUUUUUACGAGAUUUUGUCAGACCUACAAAAAACAGCCAGCCAGAUGGGCGAGAUAAUUCCACCUCUGUCAAGUAACACUGAGCAAGAGCCUGAGCCAGAUUAUGGCCAGGAAAAGACAGGCAAGGAAGAGGAGGGGGACCUUGAGGCUCCCAUGGACAUGGAUCCCCUUUUGGAGUCUUCUAAUGUAAACGAGGGGGACAUAGAGAAACUCAUCAGCGUGCUUUAUGAACUGCUACAUUUGAUGGAGACAGCACCGCAUACUAUGAUUCAGCCCCCAGUGAAAUCAUUUCCGACCACAGCUCGAAUAACCGGGCCUCCAGAGAGGGAUGACCCCUAUCCAGUUCUUUUCAGGUACAUGCACAGCAGGCACUUCCUCGAGUCUCUAACUGUGGUGCUGUCCAUCCCAGCCACAAGUCUCCACCCAGGUGUUUUACAGGCAGUCAAGGACCUCUUGAGGUUCAUGGCCCAGACACAGAAGGGCCUCCUCUUCCUUAUGGCUGAACAUGAUGCAACCAAUUUGCUGACAAGGGUUCUCACUCAGAUCUCGGAGCAGGACCCUGAUGAGGGCAUCCAAGCAGACAGUUCAGGCGAGGACCCAUUUGCAGUCUGGCUGAUGCAGGCCCUGCAUGCCUUGCAGUGUGUGGCUGAGCUUUUUGAUCACUUUGGCGGUGAGGCGUGCAUUGAGGAGGGGGACAGCACUGAGCUGCUGGGAAUCCUGCACAGCCUCUAUCUGAUCUCCUUCAACUCCACGGGGAGGUCUGCUGUGUCUCACGUGUUGAGCUCAGACCAGAAUUUCUCUUGUCUCAUCACUCUACUUGAGCAUUAUUCCAAGGAGGGUUUAGGGGAAACAAAAUCAAGAAAGUCUGUGACGUACAAUUAUGCCUGCAUGCUUGUUUUGCUGGUGGUUCAGUCGUCCAAUGAUGUUCGAAUGCUUGAGCACUACGGCGCACCCCUUCUCAAAGUCUGUAAGGCUGAUGAGAACAAUGUCAAACUGCAAGAGCUCAGCAAAUGGCUUGAACCUUUAGAGAAAUUGCAGUUCGAAAUUAAUUGCAUUCCAGGUCUUAUUGAAUAUAUUAAACAGAAUCUUGAUAACUUGAUAACUCAAGAAGGUGCUGGGCUCAUGACGGCCCUCCGUAUUCUCUGCCAAAUUGCCUGUACGCCCCCUGCUGUCGAAGCUGGACAACAAAAGGACUUGAAGUGGAACCUGGCAGUUAUUCAGCUUUUCUCAGCUGAGGGGAUGGACACCUUCAUCAAAAUUCUUCAGAAACUGAACAGUAUCCUCAUCCAGCCCUGGAGACUGCACGGCAACAUGGGCACCAGCCUGCAGCGUUUCAUGAUCGUCUCUGUCGCCUGUAGCACCCUCCGCCUCCUCAAGUGCAUGCUGACCGAGCUGCUGAGGAGCGGCUCCUUCGAGUUCAAGGACACGCGGGUGCCCUCCACCCUGGUCGCCCUGCACAUGAUCCUCUGCUCUGUUCCCGUCUCUGGACGCCUGGACUCGGAGGAGCAGAAGAUCCAGAGCGAAAUCAUUGACAUCCUGCUCACCUUCACCCAGGGGGUCAACGAGCAAGCUACAGACACUGAGGAGACUCUGUCCAACAACACCUGGUCUCUGAUGCUGAAAGAGGUCCUCUCCACUGUGCUGAAAACUCCAGAAGGCUUUUUUUCCGGACUUGCUCUUAUAUCAGAGUUGCUGCCUCUUCCCCUGCCAAUGCAGACGACCCAGGCUAUUGCACCGCAGGAUAUUGCAGUUGCCCUUAAUACACGGAAACUGUGGAGCAUGCACCUUCAUGUUCACGCUAAGCUACUGCAGGACAUUGUGCGAUCCUUCUCUGGGACGACUUGUCAGCCCCUGCUGCACAUGCUGAGGCGGGUGUGUGUCCAGCUGUGCGACCUGGCUUCUCCAACAGCACUUCUCAUCAUGAGGACAGUGCUCGAGUUGAUAGCGGAGGAGCUGGAAAUCCCUCCUGAAGGGAAAGAGAAGGCUUGCACUGUGGAGACCACCCGGCUCUUUGCCCUCCUGGACUCCUUAGCCUCGCACCGCGCAUGUAAAGUGGCUGUCUUGCACCUUCUCAGUGGAGCCAAUAAGGGAGACGAGAAGUUUCCUGAGUUGUUUCCUUCCAUUUUAGGACAGCUGCAGCCCACAGGCGACAACAACAUGCACCAGCAGCACUGUGCCGAGUUCAUCGCAACUUUCAUACAGUCUCUUUGUGAUCAGGAUAUUGCGCUGAUUGUAACCAGCCCUGCAGAGAGUUCAGUCUCGGAAACGGAGCAGCUUGCCAAUGCCCUCCCGUCAAAGGAUCUUCUGUCCUCCAUAUGUGACAGAAUGCUUGAAGCAUUAACCAGCACUGAGAUCAGCUACACCCUGGUGCUUACCUGUAUCAGAACAAUGAUGUUCUUAACAGAGCACCAUUAUGGAUUCUUCUACUUAAGGAGCUCCUUGAAGAAACAUGACACUGCCCUCUUCUGCCUGCUGAAACGAGUGGUCGUAUCGUUCAACAAGGAAUCUGCUGAGCUGGUUUCGGCCCUCUUGGAUUUCCUUAGACAGAUCUUAAACACUGACACCCUGGGAUGCUGUGGCGAUGAAAGCACGACCCCCAUGGAUGUAGAUGGAAGCAGCCCUACUCGAUCCUUGGCACUCAGUGUGACAGAGAUGAAACAACUUCUGCAAUGGAAGGAGAGCUCUCAGGAUCACUUGCUUCAUGAUCUAGAGAAGCAAAUCACAGAAUAUUCUAAAGAUGACGAUAGCCUUGAAUCUGUGCUGGAAAAUGUGGUCGGACUCAGGCAGAUGCUGGAAAGUGCCAGUAAUGCUACUGUUUCAACUGAACAGGACACAGAACCUGUCCUUCCUGCAGCAGAGAGUCUGCAAACCCAAUUCAAUAACAGGACUGUGUACGUUCUGGCAGAUGUAUUUGAUGACCAGCUGAAGACAUUAUGGUUUUCUCCAUUCCAAGCAGAAGAGAUUGACAUUGGCCUUGAUAUGGUGAAAGUUGAUUUGGUGGAGUUGUCGCAGAGAUGCUGCACUGAUUUUGACCUGAAGGCAGAGCUGGAGAGGUCUUUCCUGAUGGAACCUUCUUCUCCUGGAAGGUCAAAGGCAGCCAAGGGUUUCAAACUGGGAAAACAUAAGCAUGAAACAUUCAUCACAUCGAGUGGGAAGUUGGACUACAUAGAACCUGCCAAAAGAGCCCAUAUUAUGGCUCUUCCUAGAGGGCGGGGCAGGGGAGCAUUCGGACAGCUCUGCAGACCUCACGAUAUUUUCCGACAAAGAAAACAGAACACUAGCCGACCACCGUCCAUGCACGUGGACGAUUUUGUUGCAGCAGAAAUAAAAGAUAUUGGUCCUCCUACUGGCUUGCUUCUACCAAAAAGGACUGCCAAAGGCUCUCUAAAAGCUUUGUCUCGAGGUCUGUUCUCUGGGAACAGAGGUGGUCGGGGGGUUUUCCACAGUCAGACCCGAUUUUUCUCACCCCCAGUUCCAAAAGGUUUGUGUACUUCCAGGGACUUGUGCAGACCGUGGGAAACAGCUAUCGCACAGCACCCCCUGCCAGUGACACAUGGAGCUGCACUUGCACUUCUAAGGAGAAAUUACAAUCGUAGAGAAGGUGGCCGUGGGUCUGCUUGGAGUCCGCAGGGUACACCUGGCACGCAUCGAGGAACAUACAACGAAGUUAGAGGUGGGCAGAGCAAUUUCAACCGAGGACCUCCCCAAUCCAGACAGCCUGCUGCAGGUGGUUACCGGCUAGCUCCUCGGGACCGUGCCCCUCGUGGUCGGGGAGUGGGCCCCUCGUGGGCCAGUGGAGGGGGGGGAGGCAGUGGUUCCAGAGGGAAGUUCGGUGGUGGAGGCGGCAGUGGUAGCAGCAGUGGUGGCCGAGGAAGACACGUCCGCUCCUUUACCAGAUAAACCUGCCGUUUUUGCACCUUUUUUCAAAAUUGUCACCAGCAAGAAAAUGCAAUGGAAAGAACUGUAGACAUGUGAAAUGUUUCAUCCUUGUAAGAAACUGCCAGAUGUCCUGUGAGGAUUUAAGGCACUGAAGGACCAAUGUGGAUUUUAUUGUAUUGUCUUGAGACAAUAAAGACUUUGUUUGUUUUGUUUGA